AGGCUGAAAUCUCCCGCCAAUUUGUGUUCUUCAUCAGACGGAGGGGGCACGUGGGAGUGUGGGAGUUGGAGAGCAUAAGAAAAUGGUCGACAACUGCAUUUUACUGUUUCAACUUGAAACCAUUUCGCGGUUGCUCCAGGCUCAUUCUUCCGAGAUGGAUCAUCACAGUGGGUCAGGGCUGACUCACUCCGCACUUGAGUUAUAAGCCUCCAGAACACACGGAAGAAAACCAGUAGAGUAACGUUUUGGGAGAGUAACAGAUAACGAUGAACGACGAAUUUUUUUUCCCCUAAAUAAUGUUUAAUAAGUAUAUAUUUUUCUAAGUAGUUGAGACAAGAGCGUCCUGCAAAGUGUAUUACGGACAUCAUAUUUGCUUGAUUUUCCUAACGUUUACAGCAGUUUUUCCUGCGUAGAAGUUUUGCGAAUGGGUUACCUUCUGCAGGUGACGGUGCUCAUGGCUCUCGUUCUGUGCGUAAUUACAGGAGUGAUGGACAGGAGGUUGGAGGCCACUGAAGCAACGGUAGGAAUUUUCCAACUUUUUAAAGUAUUAUCUAUCUUCAUUCAUUGAAUUACAUUGCAACUUAUGAAUACUCUGCAUUAUUGUGGAUGUUCACACUCAUAAUGCAAACUUUCAGCAAUGCCUAUGAACUGGACCAUCCAUAUAGGUCUAUGUGAUGCAAAGUGCCAUAUGUGUAACCUAUCAAAUGGCUUUCACAGUCUUUCUGGUAGUCUGCAACUUAAUCAGCAUUGUUUCUCUUGUGGCUGUUGUCAUUCACAAUGUAAGAGGUGAUUAAGAUCACUUUGAAACUUCUAAAGUAACCCUUGUAUCCCCACUGUGGUUAUUGUGUUACCAGGCAUACCUGAAGAAGUAUGGCUAUCUGCACACUCCACUGGAUCCUCAGAACAAGGGCAUCGAGGCAGAUGAUAUCACUGAGGCCCUCAGGUAAAGUUGAUCCUCAGCAACACAACCUACAGUCUAUGAACACAACAACAAUUUACAUGUGUAAUUCCUCUUGGCAAUGGGUGAUUCCUCUUCCCCAACAAACCUGAACAAGCAAAAAAUCUGAACAUACUUACUGUAAAUGUCCCUUUGUGAAUACAGAUCCAAACACAGCUUUAUUGUAUAGCCUUUUGUUUGCAAGGCACAUUGACACAUGCACUACAAUCAAUGCAAUUCUUUAGCAUAACAUUUCCCAUUGGCAGGAAAUAUUUCCUUGCCUUACAUUUACAGUACGCACAUGCUGUAUCUGCUAUUGGAGCUUUCAGUCCUUCCUUUCCCCCAGGGUCUUCCAGAGAGUGACAGACCUGCCUGUCAAUGGAGUGAUUGACAAGGCCACCCUAGAGAUGAUGAGACAGCCUCGCUGUGGCAUAGAGGACCCCUUCAACAAGAAAACCCUAAAAUACAGAGUACUGGGUGAGUGAAGACAUGUGGAGAGGAUAUUGUAUGUGGGGGUGGGAUGAACCGGUUUCCCAGAUGGUGGGUUGGAACAUAAAACUUUGGGAGUCACUUUGCACAUUUAAUGAUAAUAAUAAUAAUCCUCACCUAAUAAGAAUAAUCUUCACCUACACAAUGUGGUUUCUCGUCUAGACGUGUGUUUAUGGUAAAUGCAUGUUUUUUCUUCUUUAGGUUACUGGCGCAAGAGAAGCCUGUCCUGGCGAAUCUACAACUACACUCCAGACAUGCCAAAGAGUGAGACAAAGAGGGCGAUCCGCUCUGCCUUUAAGUACUGGAGCGACGUGGCUCCCCUGAGCUUCCGAGAGGUCGAGUAUGGACGAGCCGACAUCAGGAUCUCAUUCCAUGCAAAAGAUGCCACUUGUGCCGAGCCUUUUGAUGGACAGGGUGAGUGUGCCUAUGGGCCGGAUACAGUUGGGUUGGAGUUACUGUAGUCUAAGACCGGGAUUAAUGCCGAUCUGUGCUAGAUCCACAUUAUAGCAUGCUUGACAUUUAAAGGUAAUUUCUAAUUGAGCUGACAUCUGCAGGGUUUACUUUAAAUGCAAUCUCCACGAACGCAGUCACAUUGUUGCCUUUAAAAGCUGCGUUGUCUACAAGCGCGAUCAGAUUGAAUCCUGGCCUAACACACACACACCAAACAUACAGUAGUUAAGUACCCCUGGUUUCACUGCUGAUACUUAUUAAUUUCCAUUGAAAUAUAGCGUAAUAAAACAGUUUUUUUCUCUCGUAGGUCAUGUGCUGGCCCAUGCUGAACCCCCAGAGUCAGGCAUCAUUCAUUUUGACGAGGAUGAGUUUUGGACAGAGGGCAAGUUCUAUGGCAUUAACCUGCGUAUCAUCGCUGCCCAUGAGAUAGGCCACGCCCUGGGCUUGGGCCACUCCCAGUACAGAAGUGCUCUCAUGGCCCCUCUCUAUACCGGUUACCGUAACAACUUCCGUCUGCAUUUCGAUGAUGUGAAAGGCAUCCAGGCUAUGUAUGGUGAGUAGAGCCUGGGUUGGUCUGGUACCAAUGUUUAUUUUUUUACUUUUUGGCUUGCAAAACAAAAUACACCCCUAUCAGAAAGCUAUGUAUUACAAAUGUCACAGGUAAUGCUUUCAUCCUCCCUUUAGGUAAACGUGAUACAAGUGUUACAAUUAAGCCCACAGUGGCACUCCCCACAUACAGCCUCCCUGGUGCUGAGGGAGACAUCCCAGACCCCUGCACCACCAAGCUGGAUGCCAUCAUGCUGGGUAAGCUGUCUGCACACAAUACUGACCAGCGAUAUACAGUCAAAAGCGUAGAUGUACAUACAGUGGGGAAAAAAAGUAUUUAGUCAGCCACCAAUUGUGCAAGUUCUCCCACUUAAAAAGAUGAGAGAGGCCUGUAAUUUUCAUCAUAGGUACACGUCAACUAUGACAGACAAAAUGAGAAUUUUUUUCUCCAGAAAAUCACAUUGUAGGAUUUUUUAUGAAUUUAUUUGCAGAUUAUGGUGGAAAAUAAGUAUUUGGUCAAUAACAAAAGUUUCUCAAUACUUUGUUAUAUACCCUUUGUUGGCAAUGACACAGGUCAAACAUUUUCUGUAAGUCUUCACAAGGUUUUCACACACUGUUGCUGGUAUUUUGGCCCAUUCCUCCAUGCAGCUCUCCUCUAGAGCAGUGAUGUUUUGGGGCUGUCGCUGGGUAACACGGACUUUCAACUCCCUCCAAAGAUUUUCUAUGGGGUUGAGAUCUGGAGACUGGCUAGGCCACUCCAGGACCUUGAAAUGCUUCUUACGAAGCCACUCCUUCGUUGCCCGGGCGGUGUGUUUGGGAUCAUUGUCAUGCUGAAAGACCCAGCCACGUUUCAUCUUCAAUGCCCUUGCUGAUGGAAGGAGGUUUUCACUCAAAAUCUCACGAUACAUGGCCCCAUUCAUUCUUUCCUUUACACGGAUCAGUCGUCCUGGUCCCUUUGCAGAAAAACAGCCCCAAAGCAUGAUGUUUCCACCCCAUGCUUCACAGUAGGUAUGGAGUUCUUUGGAUGCAACUCAGCAUUCUUUGUCCUCCAAACACGACAAGUUUAGUUUUUACCAAAAAGUUAUAUUUUGGUUUCAUCUGACCAUAUGACAUUCUCCCAAUCCUCUUCUGGAUCAUCCAAAUGCACUCUAGCAAACUUCAGAUGGGCCUGGACAUGUACUGGCUUAAGCAGGGGCACACGUCUUGCACUGCAGGAUUUGAGUCCCUGGCGGCGUAGUGUGUUACUGAUGGUAGGCUUUGUUACUUUGGUCCCAGCUCUCUGCAGGUCAUUCACUAGGUCCCCCCGUGUGGUUCUGGGAUUUUUGCUCACCGUUCUUGUGAUCAUUUUGACCCCACGGGGUGAGAUCUUGCGUGGAGCCCCAGAUCAAGGGAGAUUAUCAGUGGUCUUGUAUGUCUUCCAUUUCCUAAUAAUUGCUCCCACAGUUGAUUUCUUCAAACCAAGCUGCUUACCUAUUGCAGAUUCAGUCUUCCCAGCCUGGUGCAGGUCUACAAUUUUGUUUCUGGUGUCCUUUGACAGCUCUUUGGUCUUGGCCAUAGUGGAGUUUGGAGUGUGACUGUUUGAGGUUGUGGACAGGUGUCUUUUAUACUGAUAACAAGUUCAAACAGGUGCCAUUAAUACAGGUAACGAGUGGAGGACAGAGGAGCCUCUUAAAGAAGAAGUUACAGGUCUGUGAGAGCCAGAAAUCUUGCUUGUUUGUAGGUGACCAAAUACUUAUUUUCCACCAUAAUUUGCAAAUAAAUUCAUUAAAAAUCCUACAAUGUGAUUUUCUGGAGAAAAAAAUUCUCAAUUUGUCUGUCAUAGUUGACGUGUACCUAUGAUGAAAAUUACAGGCCUCUCUCAUCUUUUUAAGUGGGAGAACUUGCACAAUUGGUGGCUGACUAAAUACUUUUUCCCCCCACUGUAUCUCCCAUAUCUUGGAAGCUCUUAUUUUUGCCUCACACAUUUUUGCCUUACACUAUUCAAGAUUGUAGCAAUAUUCUUUACUCUGAUAGAUUUAACUAACCACAUUUUUGCUCUCUGCAAUGGAAUUGAGACUACAAUGGAAUUUGACAGGUUGAGAUUGGACCUUCAGUGUUCAAUUUUGUGCUCCUCCUCCAGGUCCAUGGAGGAAGACAUUUGCCUUCAGUGGUGAUUAUGUGUGGACGGUGUCUGACAUUGGACACAAUCCACCCAUGAAGAUCGACCGGCUGUGGACGGGACUGCCUGGGAACCUGAACGCAGCCGUUUACUCUCAGAGAACAAACAAGACAUACUUUUUGAAAGGUGUAAUAUUUUAUCAACUUUAAAAUGUAUUGUGUUUUUGACUAACAAAUUAGGGAAAGUGAGAUGAUUUUAAAGAAGAACUGAUAGUAUGAACUGUGUAAUACUGGUUUUAAAAUACUUGACAGUGAUUGAUUGACAGUGAUCUGGCCCAGAAUGUGUUACUGUUAAUCUCUCCUCAUUUCAGCCUACUCACCAAAACUGUUUCUGACCACAGGUGAUAAAGUGUGGAGAUACACUCGUUUUCUCCUGGACUACGGGUACCCCAAAGAGCUCAAACGCCUCCCACCUAAUAUUGAUGCUGCUUUGUACUUGGAGAAGAAUAAGAAGCUGGUCUUUUUCAAGGUAGCUGAACACAAGAAAGCACAAAUAUCAAUACUUUUUAACCAGUAAACUUACAAAUGACAACUGAGCAUUAUGGUUUCAGUAAAUUGUUAUAGUAGAUUAAUGACAACAAAAAUUGAAGCCGUAGCAUUUUUACCCACUUGAAUGUGAUGAAUAUGCCAAAUACCCAGCAUGAAAAACUCUUUGUACUAAUCAUCUUUGUCCUCUGUUGUCCCUCUCCUCAGGGUACAGGGUACUGGCAGUGGGAUGAGCUGCGCCACAGUAACCUCAACGUGUACCCCAAACCACUCUCUAACCUCUUCACUGGGGUGCCCUCCAGCCCUGAUGCUGCCUUUACCUGGACCAACGGAAAGAUCUUCUUCUUCAAGGGAGACAAGUACUGGCGUGUGAACAGUCUACUGAGUGUAGACAAAGGCUACCCACUCAGCAUGAGUGAACGCUGGAUGCACUGCUAGGAGCCAGACACUAGAGGACAGCAGACACCAUAAACCUCAAUACGGUGCUGGUGAGAUGUGUUCUCAAUUAACCAUUCAGGGAACCACACAACAACAAUCACAACCACACUGUGAUAACAUUGUGUUCACACUGUGAAACCAAUAUAAUAACAUAUUUCCAUGUACCAGUACAUGUUAUCAGUCAAGGUACAUAACUGAAAUGUUAUGUCAAACGACUUCUUCGAAACAUGAGAUAGAAUCUUUAUCAAUGUAAGUAGUGGCAAAGCCAUUUGAGGUAAGACAUAAGUGCUUAUAUAAGGUUGCAUAUUGAGUGUCAAAUCGUUAUGGCCUACUAGUUCUCUGUUUCCAUGUAACACAGGCAGGACCUCAGCCCAAACGUGUUAGACUGAGUUCUGAGGGAGUGUGUGUGUGGAGAGGCUGUUUGUUAUGCUCUCAGGGGGCCUUCCAGGGGGGGCCCUUCCUCUCCCUCACAACAGAUGUGGAUGGGACUAUUCAGUUAUGUGCCCUCUUUUCAGUAUGUGUACUGAUUUCAAUGGUGUUCACCCAGCACUUUGAAACUUCUUGUUUUCUUUUGAUGUUUGGCUUGCAGACACCGUGGACGGGUCUGAAAAAGUAUUUGUGAGUUUCUUGUCGCCAUGUUAUGCGUUUCUAGGGAUAGAGUGUGGAUAUUUUAUCACUUCCGACAUAAAGAGAAGCCUAAUAUCAUUGCUGUUGCGUCAGACUUUCACAUCAUGAUGUCUACAUUUUAUAACUGGUUUAUAAUUGUGUACCGAUGUUGCUGUUGAACCUCAUCAUGCUUAUUGAUGUUUUUAUAGUCAAGCUAAAGGGAAUUCACAUUUCAUAGUGUAUAGGCCUACCAUUUGGAUAUGUUUAUAAAUGUGUGCAAUUAUUUUUUUUGCUGUUAAUUCAUCUAAGACAUACAGUAGUUGUACAAAUGAGUCAUGACAAUCAACAAUAAAACCAUUUCAACAGUC